GAACAGAAACUUUUUGUUUGGAAAUGGAAAGAGUACUGAACAUUCGCAGACCACCGGAACAGAGCCAAAAUGGAUUAUCGAGAGCUUCAAAAAUAUUUCUUGGCUGUGACAUUUUCCAAGUCGUUGCUGUUGUGGUAUUUCAAGGUUUGAUGAUAGCUCUCGGAGACUUCAGUGCAUAUAAUAAUACUGAGCACCCUGGAAUGGGACCUGGGAGAAGGAUUUAUAUGGCCAUAUACAUGGGUGCAGUUGUGUACACAUGUUUUUUGUGUUUAUUCGCAGUCAAAAGACAGAACUUUAUGGAAAUUAUAGCAUUUGACUUGCAGAACUUUGCCUUCGUUACUUAUAGCUUCAUUCAGUGUAAGUCAUGGGCCUUUUCCUUUUUUCCUUUUGAAUGUAAAUUGGUUCAAGAGAAGUGUAUGAAGGAAUUCGUGAUGAAAUAUAAAGGGGGGGAGGGGAGGGGAGGAAUUUAUCAAAUCUAUGAAGUGUUAUCUUGCCUUUUGAAAAUGGAGGUUUUGUAUUGGGGAAUGUUUGCCAUUGUUCACAGUCUGGUUCUAUUGCGUGACUCACAUAACAUCCUCUAUGUUAUUAGCAUGACAUUUAUACCAUUAACAUUUAUAUAUGCUGGUAUAGGUUAUUACGCGGUACGCCAUGAGAACAGAGUGCUUAUGCUAUUUUUCCUGACUUGGACAUUGGGUGGGAUUGGUUACUUUUUGUAUAAACUUUAUGGGUUUGUUACUCGCACUUGCAAUGGCUGUCCAGAGUUUGAAAUUGAUGGAAAAGACAUCCCUGACGAGGCCUUUAUGCAUUUUGUAUACUUAGGAGCCAUGAAUCUUGUAGUUGCUUCAACAAUAUUUGGCGUAGCAGUAAAAGCCUAUCGAAAUUUUGGAGGUGGAUUAGCGCAGCAUUUCCGCCAAAAAAAGAAACCCCAAAUGAAGUAUUCAGCGCGGCUAAGCCUGGGACGAGCGAGUCAUUGUUACCCAGAGGAGAGCGUGAUUUCUGUUACGUCAUACGACAGCGCAAUUGAUGAAUUCGCAGAGAGUGUUCGAUUGGACAGAGGCAUUUUACGCGCUGCUCAUGCAGCUUUACCACUUCUGGCCGGUAACGGUCACCUUCGGGUUGACCAACGCAGUUGUAGUCUUCCAAAUUUGCUAUCGGAUUCGACGCCAAGGCCUACCUCUUUUCCAGGCCCUUCCGAGGGGGGUAUGAAUUUGCUGAGAGACCGGCUGCAAUCGGAGCAGGGGGAAACAGAUAUAGAAAAGCUAAACUCUGCAAACCUGGAAAGCAUUGCUGAAGAGGAACCAGCUGGAAACUUAGACUCCUAUGAUUACGGACGGAAAAAGGGAUCUGAUGAAAUUUAUCUUCAAGACAGUGAGGCUUCAGUAGACUCGAGUUUUAUUCAGAUAUCAAGAAAUGGUGAUUUUACUUCUAGGGAUCCUAACUCUAAUGGUCGUGUAAGUAACGCGGGGAAAUUGUCCGAACACAGACAGAACGGCCGUGUUCGAAAAACUCCUAUAGAACCAAUGGAUGAAAAUAUUACAAAUGGAUGCGGCUUGCAGUCUGCAAAUAACCACGAAGACACUAUUGCUGACGAUUUUGCGCAAGAUUCGUCGAUGGAAUUUAGGACAGAAAAAUCGUCGCAUCAAAAUGCGCAGAUUUAUCAGAGAAUUGCGCGGCUUCCCGAAGGGGUUGUUUAAGAGCAAGUCACAGAGAGAUUUCGUUGGAGCUAUCUCACGAUAAUUCCAGCCAUUCAUUAGAGAUCUUUAUAUUACAUGACGAGUAUGGCUGCGAGUUCGAGUUCGACCCUGCCUCUUUAUUUCGGUAGGUAGCGCAAUGUCCGUCAAAGCUUAGAGUAAAUUGUAAGUGUGGAAAUUUGAAAAAAAAAAAAAAAAAAAAGAGAGAGAUGGUUGUAUUUAAACGAAUGAAGCUCCUUUUUAAUAGAAACAGAAUUUUUUUUUAAAUUCACAUCACCGUUACUGGUUUAAUGGGUAGGAAUGAUCAAGGAACUAGCUGCUUAUGGCUGCCUUUUGGAAACUGGUGUCUGCGACGUCUUAUUUAAGAAUACUCUGAAGAUGUAAUUUUACAAUAAUUAUUUUCCUGUAAAUAACCAUGACGUUUUUCUUGUAAAAACAUCCUUUCAUCGUUCUAUAUCUGUCGAAAUCGUAAAUACUCCUCAUUUUUAAAUUUUCUUUUAUUUCGAUGCUGUUGUACAGAUAUUAAGUUUUGUUUUUCACGGUCUCUCUUGUUAGGAUCUUUUGUUCGUUCUGUGUUACUUCAAUGCCGUGAUGGGAAUUUGUCUACUUGCAAUUAAAGCCAUUUUCAAUUUUUAUUUAUUAAAAUCAAAAUAAACUGAAAAAAGGAGCA